GGUCCAUACCUUUUCAAUCCAUAUUUGAAUUGUACUCUGUGGUGAAAUUGACAUGACAUGAUAAAUAAUGACGUGAUUCGAGCGAGAUUCACUGGCUCUCACAUUUUACUUGUUCUAAAUUUUUAUUGUAAUUGUUACUUGGCUCUAUUCCGACAGGGGUAUAAUUAUUAACAUUAAUGAUAUUGUAAGUUACAAGUCAGUGCCCAAAAAAUACGAAGAUAAAAGAAUCAGCUGACGAACAUAAACAAAGGGCAUGAUAAUAUUCUGUGAAGUGGUGAAAUAUUUACAAAAUACAUUGUGAUCCGUGCUGUAACUAUGGAUAUUGAUGGUUCGUCUAUGCCAACCCCCCAAAACAUUGGGGAAAUAGAUCAGAAUUUACUUUUACAGUUUAGCUGUAUGAAUACUACAGACAGGGAAGAACUAAUAGGUCAAAUGCAGAGACUAUUAGGACCUAGUUUGACCCAUAACACAGCGAGUUUCUUUCUCGACAUGAGUAAUUGGAACUUGCAGACUGCAAUAUGUUGUUAUUUAGACUACACCUUACCACAAAAACUUCCAUCUAUGUCAUUGAAGGCUGCUCAAAACCAGGAAACGGCUGUUGGUCCUGGGGUUUGUUUUGAACAAAACUGGACCAUUGCCAAUACAGGGGCAGAGAGUUGGCCUGGUAGCUGUAGGUUGGUCCAAGCUGGAGGGGAGCCGCUCGGUGCUACACCUGUCUAUGUUCCUCCUUUACCCCCAGGACACUCCACCACUGUUAUGUUAAAAUUAGUAGCACCUAACAGACCUGGUACACAUAGGGGCUAUUUCCACUUAGUGACUGAGAAAGGCGACCAAAUAGGAGGUGAGUUGUGUUACAAACAUAUAUCAAGUUUAUUAUUAUUGAAGAACCUUUACCACUCAGCUACAAUGACAAGACACCUGAAGAUCUCGAACAAAUGCUCAAUGAUCUAA